AUGGCAGAAGCUAAGGAACAGGAGUUUGUUCAUGAGGUUUAUAACGACAUUGCAUCGCAUUUCUCGCAAACCAGAUACAAACCGUGGCCUAUAGUGACCAAAUACCUUGAAGAGCAACACACAGGAAGUGUAGGCAUCGACGUGGGGUGUGGCAAUGGAAAAUAUCUAGAUGUGAAUCCCAACGUGUUUCUGAUUGGUUCAGACCGGUCGGAGAACCUUGUGAAGCAUGCUCACGAGCGUAACACACGGUGCAACGUUAUGGUUGCUGACGGUCUGCGGCUGCCGCACCGGGAUAAAAGCUUUGAUUUUGCAAUCUCCAUAGCCGUGGUGCACCACUGGUCGACCCGCCAGCGGCGGAUCGAUGCCAUUGCGCACAUUUUGAGCAAAGUGAAACCCCGGGGGACAGCUUUGAUCUACUGCUGGGCUUUGGAACAGGCCAGUUCACGAAGAGGCUAUCACGAAGGUCAAGAGCAAGAUGUGUUGGUACCGUGGGUCUUGCAAGGCCCCCAUGCUAAAGAUGCGUCCGGAAAGUCUGCCAAAUCGCAGAAACCCAGGCCCAAAGGUCCAGAUUUGACCAACAUACCGCCCCAGGAAAGGUCAGCUGCUGUUCAACAGUGGAAACGUCAGCAGGAACAAGACAAGGCUAGAGCUAAAAAACAGGAACAAGAGAUUGCUACAGCAGCACAAGCAGAUCCUAAGCAAGACACUAACAACACUAAGUAUCGAUACUACCAUCUAUACAAAGAAGGUGAGCUCGAACAGGACUGCACCAGUGCCGGUGGCCUGGUCGUUGCCUCUGGCUACGAAAAGGAUAACUGGUAUGUAAUUGUACAGCGGCAGUAA